UUAUGGUUUAUAAGAAAAAGCAAUCCGCUAUUGCCAUAGACGCCGCCAAGGUAAAUUCCCGGUCCCUUAUUCCCCCAAACUAAUUUGCAAAUCAGUUUUAGGGUUUGUUGAUCCCUUUCGAUUCUCCAUUUCGUCUCCCGGCAUCAACGGAUCAAGAUUAUUCUCUUUAUCGUUGAACAUAUUUUCUGCUGGAAAAAUGCACCCUCCACUGACGUUGCAUAGGCAUCCGAUGUGUGUUGAAAUCAUCGAGGAGUUCCAAAAGUGUCAUUUAGAGCAUCCGAUAGCCAAAUUCUUCGGAGAAUGUACAGAAUUAAAGAUAAAGCUCGAUCGUUGUUUCCGACAGGAAAAAGCAUUGAAGAGGAAGGCCAAUUUUGAACAGAGUAAGAAAAUGAAAGAAAGGCUUCAGGAACUAAGAAGGGAAACCGCUGAAAAUGACUCCUGAAAGUGAAUUAGGAUGCUAUGCUUGGGCCAUAGGUAUUGCGCUCUACCCAAUGAAAAAUAUGUUUAAUGGUUUCUGAUAUGUAAUUGAGAAUAAUUAUACCUAGUAUGUUGAUGAACAAGAUUAUGGUUGGUUCUUGAUUUUACAUGAACAAACUUUGAUGGUAUACCUGUGUACUUGGACU